UGGCGGGACGGCGGGGGCGUGGGUCGGGGCCCGAAAGCUGAGGGCAGCCUCCUUCUGUGUCACCUCCCGUGCGACGGGCAGCGGGGGAGGGCGCUGCAGGCCGUGUUGCACGGAGGUUCUCGCCAAGGUGUGCUCAGAACUUGUGUUCUUGUAACUCAGCUUACGCUCUUCUGAGACAGCUUUCCACAGGCAAGCAGCAUGUGGCAUGUGUCCUGUUAGCAACAGGAAUUGUAACUAGUUUCCAAAAGCUGAAAAAGACUUGUGUUGUUGAUUGUACCCACAUUGCCAAUUUAUUGCAUGAAAAUCUUUAGAUGGAAUUUAAAAUUGAACACACCUGGGACAGUUUACCUGUGAGCCAUGAGCCAGUACAUAUCAGGCUGAAAUUGAGUGAUGGAGGAUUGUUGAUGGAAAUAAGUGCUCCCUUCUUUAAUGAUCCUCCAGCACCACUCCGCGAGCCAGGAAAGCCUUUCAAUGGACUGUGGAACUAUGAAGUUGUAGAAGCAUUUUUCUUGUGUGAGAGAACUAAGCAGUACCUGGAAGUUGAACUGUGUCCCCAUGGACAGCAUUUGGUACUCUUGCUUUUUGGCAGAAGAAGAGUAUGGAAACAAGAACUUGCUUUAACAUUUGAAGUGUGCAGAACAGAGACCAAAUGGGAAGGCAGAGCUCAUCUUCCUUGGAGUUAUUUUCCGCCAAGCACAGACAAAUUUAAUGCAUUUGCAAUUCAUGGCUCUGAAGAUAAGAGAACAUAUGAAGCACUUUAUCCAGUGCCUCGGCAUGAAAUACAGGAAGGACAGAAACCAGACUUAAACAUUUUAAGGGGUGAUCAAGAUAGAAAAUCACUAGAGGAUGAAACAAACAAAUUGGAAUACAGGAUUACAAAUACCUGGGACAGCAUCCAGGUCAUGCAUGAGCCAGUGACCAUCACAUUUAAGGCAGGUGAUGGAGGACUGAUAAUGGAAGUGAAUUCCUUGUACUUUGAUGAUCCUCCAGCCCCACCUGGUGAGCCAGGACUUCCUUUUAUUGGACUUUGGGACUAUGAAGUUGUUGAAGCCUUUUUUCUCAAUAGCAAGACUAAAGAAUAUUUGGAAGUGGAACUUUGCCCGCAUGGACAGCAUCUUGUACUAUUGCUUUCUGGAGGAGAUUGUUUUGCAAAAGGCCUUGACUUGGAUUUUAAAGCAGACAUACACUGGAACAAAUGGAAUGGCACAGCCCUCAUACCUUGGAGGUAUUUUCCACCUGGUGUAGACAAGAUGAAUGCAUAUGCCAUCCAUGGGUCUGGAAUUGGAAGAACGUAUGAGGCACUUUAUCCAAUACCUAGAGAAGAGAUAGAAGAAGAUCAGGGGCCAAAUUUCCACCGUCUGGAGUAUUUCAAAAAUUUCAGUUUAAAGUGGAUUAUGGGAGAGAACUGGGAGCAGCCUGCAUCAGACCUGUGGCCAUAGCUUAAAUAGUUUCUACAAUCAAGGAACAUCCUGUGACAGAGAAGAAAUACCACACCAAAAGGCAGCUACUUAAGAAAAAUCUUUUCAAUGUGCUUAAAGCAAAUCUUUUGUUGUGGCUUUAACAUGAUGUAAAAUUUCAAAUAAUAAUUUAAGUUGAUAUUC